AUGGCUUCGGUUCCAACAAGCGUUGAUGAGAAGACUAAGAGAAAUGAGGAAUUAGCAACUGCAAUUUUGAAGGAUAAAGUUAAGCCUAAUCGGUUAAUGGUGGAUCAGUCCACUAAUGACGAUAACUCUGUGGUCGCUUUAUCACAGGCUAAAAUGGACGAGCUAAACCUCUUCCGAGGUGACACUGUGCUGUUAAAAGGGAAGAAGCGCAAGGAAACUGUUUGCAUUGUACUUUCUGAUGAAACUUGUCCAAAUGACAAAAUUAAAAUGAACCGUGUGGUUCGGAAUAACCUUCGUGUCCGGCUUGGUGACGUCGUUAGGCAAUGUUACAGCGUUAAUCCUGCACCAGAUUUGCCCUAUGGUAAGCGAAUUCACGUCUUACCUAUUGAUGAUACUAUCCAAGGUCUUACAGGGAACUUAUUUGAGGUCUUCCUAAAGCCUUAUUUUUUGGAGUCUUAUCGUCCAGUGCAUAAGGGGGAUCUUUUUACAGCUAGCGCUGCAAUGAGGACUGUUGAAUUUAAAGUAAUUGAGACGGACCCGUCUCCGUCAUGUAUAGUUUCUGCUGAAACUGUGAUACAUUGUGAGGGGGACCCUGUGAAGAGAGAAGAAGAGGAAGAAAGCAUGACGGAU